AUGGGCUGCUGUGGCUGCUCUGGAGGCUGCGGCUCCGGCUGUGGGGGCUGUGGCUCCAGUUGUGGGGGCUGUGGCUCUGGCUGUGGAGGCUGUGGCUCCAGCUGCUGUGUGCCCGUCUGCUGCUGCAAGCCCGUGUGCUGCUGUGUGCCAGCCUGUUCCUGCUCUAGCUGUGGCUCCUGUGGAGGCUCCAAGGGGGGCUGUGGCUCCUGUGGGGGCUCCAAGGGGGGCUGUGGCCCUUGUGCCUGCUCCCAGUGCAGCUGCUGUAAACCCUGCUGCUCUUCCUCAGGCUGUGGGUCAUCCUGCUGCCAGUCCAGCUGCUGCAAACCCUGCUGCUCCUCAGGCUGUGGGUCAUCCUGCUGCCAGUCCAGCUGCUGCAAACCCUGCUACUGUUCCUCAGGCUGUGGGUCAUCCUGCUCUCAGUCCAGCUGCUGCAAACCCUGCUGCUGUCAGUCCAGCUGCUGCAAACCCUGCUGCUGUCAGUCCAGCUGCUGCAAGCCCUGUUACUGCUCCUCAGGCUGUGGGUCAUCCUGCUGCCAGUCCACCUGCUGCAAGCCCUGCUGUUCCCAGUCUAGCUGCUGUGUCCCCGUGUGCUGCCAGUGCAAGAUCUGAGGCUCUGGACUCAGGCCUCAUGUGAGUCCUGCUAAUCCUGUCUUCCGAAGCUGUGACUUGUGCUUCAUUGUUGAGCCUCAAACCACUGCUCAGAGUCCAUUCCCCGCUAUAGAAUGAAGCCAUAUCUGGCUGCCUUUUCCUAAGGAGAGUUGACCCUAAUUAAUGUCCAUUGUCUCUACUAACAAAUUCUCUUCCCAAGUCACCUGCAACUAGGCUGAAUCACCCCUCACCCGCUAGCCUUGCCUUUGCUCAUCUAUUCAGAGGCCUAAGCUCCUGAAUCCACUUGUAGUCCUGUCUUUUCCAGCUAGAGCAGCUGGCCAUGAGCAUCCCACCUGCAACAAGGUGUGCGUUUAAGAGGCUUCCUUGGAGUGGCUUUGC